CUAUUUAUCUAAUAAAUAAUAAUUAUUCUUUGUUACAUGAUGAUCAUGUUGGCCAAUAGGGAGACAAUCUGAUUAUAGGAUCCUAGCAGCACAGCAUCAUUCCUUAAAUUGGUGAUGCAAUAUUAUUAAACAAAAUCUUAAUUCUUUUUUAACCUUUACAGUGUUAAACAAAGUCUUUAGUGAAAAUAUUUAGUUUAUCUAAAAAUAAAGACGUAAAUAAAUAAAAAAUAUCCUGGUUAAAUAAAUUAAGCCUUUACUAAAUAAAUUUGAAGAAAGCCUGUGUGAAUGGUAAUUGCUGAUAAUGAUCGUUGAAGCUGCUUAAGGAGUGAAGUUAAAGUGUAAAAAAAAUUCUAAAGAAAAAAGAAAUAGGAGAGGAAAAAAGGUUUGGCUCCGCCCACUUGGCUACUAUGGCAACCAUGUUGACAGCACUCAAACAAUUAACUAGAACAUUUCUGUAGAACUGAAUAUUAAUUAGGUUUAUGUUGUGUUAAUAAUGUGAAUGGUAUGUUAAUUAUGUUAAUAAUGUUUAUGUUAUGUUAAUAAUGUUUAUGUUAUGUAAAUGAGGUCCAGGUUAUGCUAAUUAGGUCAUGUGACCUAUGACAUCAUAAAGGCAUACUUCAUCAUUCACAGCUCCCCUCCAUCACACUAGUGACUGACCUCUCGUUGGACACAUCACAUUUUGUGAGCUCUCUCUGAUAACAAGGAUCUGUUACACUAGAACCUAGAAAUGUCUAGAAGCAGCACCGCUGAUGAGAAGAAAGUCUCCUGGGUUGAUUUAUGUGAACAAGAGGUGAGUGUGGAUUAUAACGCAAUAAUCAACGUUGACACUGAUUCAGACUCUGAAGAUUGUGUAAAGCCACCACAAAAGGUUUCUCUACCUGAGAAAGUCCAGCAGGAAUCGUCUGUCUGUGAAAAUCAAAGAAACAUGGACCGUCUUUUGAAGCAAGUGGAGGGACUCAAGAAAAUUUUGAAAGCUUCCACAAAUUCUCUAAAAAAGGAGAAAGUGAGACGAGCCAAAGCUGAAUCUGACUGUGUGUUUUACAAGAGAGAAAUUACCGAUUUAAAGCAGGGAUUAGAUUACUACCAGCAUAAGGUAGAGACUCAUGAAAAAACGGUGCAGACUUUACAAAACCAGCUUCAGAGCAAAGAAAAUCUCUGUGAGAUUCUGCAACAGCGUUCAAAGCAGGAGUCACUGCUGAGACACAACUUAGCUCAAGAAAAACAGAAGAGUGACAAGGAACAUAUAAUCAAUAAUAAGUUACAGAAGGAAAUUGCAGAAUUACACAAGGAGAAAGAAAAUCUUUUAAACAAGCUGGAGAAUUUUUCCUCCAUGAAAAAGGAGGCAGAUGAGAAGAUGUCUGCACAGCUGGAAACCUUGAAACACCAGUUGGAAGAGAAAUCUUCUCUCUGUCAUCAACUGGAAUCGUCUUUUAUUAAGGAAAAGCAGCUGAGAGUCCAGUUACAACAGGAGAAGAAGAACCAGAAAAAAGAUUUAAGUCAUCAGAAAUUAAAGAACGAAAUCUGGGAGUUAGAGCAGGGACUGGAUUACUAUCAAAAUAAUGCAGAAACCCGUGAAAAAAGAAUGAAGAGUUUACAGAUCGAGCUUCAGAACAAAGAAACUGCGUGUGAAGAUCUGCAGAAGACUUUAAAACAGCUGAGAGUCCAGUUAGCUCAAGAGCAGCAAAACAGUCAGAGCAAAGACACAAUUACUGAGAAUUUAAAAGAGGAAGUUGGAGAGCUAAAGAAGAGCCUUGUGCAAGCUCUGGAGAGUCUUAACUCCACAACAAUCGAGGUGAAGGAGAAGAUGUCUCAGCAGCUGGAAGUGUUUAAUCAGCAGUUAGAAGAGAAAUCUGCUCUUUGUCAAACACUUAAAUCAAGUUUAGACAAAGAGCAGCAGCUGAGGGUGAGCUGUCAGGCUGAACUGGACAAUACCAGAGUUCUUGUCUCUGAGAAUUCAGAUCUCCAGCAGGAGAUCCAGGAUUUGAAGGAGAGAAACUCUGAACUCAGAGAUGUGAUGAUCACACACGUCUCUGAGAAAGUCGAGUCAGACCAGCAGUUUGUUCAACAGCUGCAGAAACUCAAAGAGCAGCAUGAAGAGGAAUUAGUUACCCUAAAACUGCAGCUUAAAGAACAUCUCAGGUCUGAGAUCCAACCCGGUUCUGAGAUUUAUUCACCAGAACCACAGCCGUCUGUGGAAAGUCUGGAGACAAAUCCUGACAAGGAUUGUCAGACGGACACGGACGUUUGUCAGACUGAAAUCGUUCAGGAAACGCUGGAGUUAAGCCAAAGUCUCCACAGUAACGAGUCUCCAUCUGAAGAAGCCGUUCCACAAACAGUCAAACCGCAGCAAAACAUUUCUAAGUGGAGACGCUUCAAAAAGUUUAUGACUCCAGCGUGUCUGCGGAAACACAAGAACAAGUUAUAAACUAAUUACCUGCCCUCACACACACCACCCUCACACACACACCUUCACAAACCACCGUCCAAUAUUCACACACCUUUAGAAAAAACGGGGCUGUAUGUUGGAGAAGAUGGUCGUGCUUUCGUCUUGCAGAGGUUGCUGGUUUACAUGCCAGCUGUGACCCCUCUGUGUGACAGAGCACGUUCUCUCUCAUGCACGUGUGGGUUUUCUCCGGGCGCUCCGGUUCCCCCACAAACACGUGUUUAGGUUAAUUAGUGACUCUAAAAUGUCUGGGUGAGUGAGUGAGUGACUGGUGUGACUGGCCACAAUAGAAAAAUGAUAAAUCUCCAGAGUCUGACUCAAUCUGGAACAAUCAGAUCAACAGUCUCUUAUCAAAAAGUAUUUAGAGUGUGCUUCAAGUAGGCAAGGCAGCUUUAUUUGUAUAGCACCUUACAACAGCAUCAAACCGACCAAAGUGCUUCACAGAAAUUAAAACAUUAAAAAACAAAACACAACAUAAAAAUACAUAAAAACUAAAGCAUCUCUGCCAGUCUUCAAGAGUCGCCUAAAAACCCACCUCCUCUGCUUGGCGUUUCCUGAACAUGUUUGAAUCUGGCCCUCUUUUAUGUUGAUUUUAUCUCACAGUUUUCAUUGGUUCACUGUAUCCCUUGUUUUACACAUUUGUCUUCUACUAGAAUGUUUCACCUUUUUUGUAAUUUGAAUAGCUUUUAUUUUCUGAUUUAUUCACUAUAUUUAACUUUGUGCUGUAUCAUGUUCAGCGCCUUGGGCUUCCUGACAGGGUUGCGGAAGGCGCCUUAUAAAUAAAGCUUUGAUUGAUUGAUUGAUU